UUGGUAGAGCGAUUUUACCAAGCACUACUCCUCUCUCACCCGCACUCAUACCGACAGCGAGUCAGGAGCCCUAACGCGGAGUCUUCAUAGCAUUUUUCGCAUCCGUUUCGCUUCCGAUCUCUUUCCCGACGACGUUAUGAACGCACGAGUGGAAGCUUUGUGGGAGCAAAUGAAUAAGGAAAUACGUAACAAAACUGCCAAACCCUUUGUAGACGAGCGUAAUUCAACUGUGAAUAUAACUUCAGAGAAGAAGUCUGAUAAUUGGGUGAGAUAUUUGGGCUUGGUGCCUAAGGAGGCAACAUCCUCUGGGCAGGAGAGACAACGGCAGGGAACUGGUGUGAUUCAGAAUAGCACCAGUGAUGAAGAGAAGAAAGUUAUGGCCUUGUGGGAGAAAAUGAAUAGAGGAGUAUCGAAUAAGACACUUAAAUCAUCUUCAAGUAAGACUGGUCCAACUGCAGAUAUAACUUUAGAAAGACCAUCUGAUAAUUGGAGGUCAUAUCUUGGCCUGGCCCCCAAGAGGGCUAGAAGCCUUGAGCAAGAUGCAUUGCAGAAGGGACCAAGUGAUGUGCAGAAUGGCACCAGUGACGUGGCCAAGAGACUUGCUGCUACUGCUCUUGCAGCAGUUAAGGAUGCUGCAGUUGCUGCAUCAAAUAGGGGUAAAAUAGAGAUUACAGAGGUUCGGGACUUUGCAGGACAAGAAAUUGAAUACAAGAAGCUUGUUGAUGAGGACUCAAAGGAAGCAUUUGAAAAGAUCAAAGCUCCUGCACCAUCUGCUGUUGAUGCUGUUUUAGAGCAAAUUAAGAAGAAACAAAAGCUCAGUGUCCUUGACAAGACGAAGAAGGAUUGGGGAGAAUACAAGGAGAACAAGGGAGUGGAAGAGGAGUUAGACGCUUACAAGAAGAGCUCAAACCAGUACCUGGAAAAAGUAUCCUUCUUGCAACGAGCGGAUGUCCGAGAAUUUGAGAGGGAGAGAGAUGCACGAUUGGCUCAACAAGGCAGGAGGAGACCAGACAUGCGGGAGGAUCCAUGAUUUUGUGAUUGUUUUGGACUGCUCCUCCAUGAAAUUUGCUCUCUCAAUUCAUGGAGAUAGUGGGAAGGCCGGAAAAUGUAGAAAGGAAAAGAAAAACCUUGUAGGCAUAUUCUUGAGUACGUCACGAGUCUUUGGUAUCGACUGGGGGCCUGGUGAAUCGGUGUUGUGAUUGAGAAGGUCCUCAGUAUGCGUGUGGUUGAGGUACAUUCCAGCUACAUAGUAACAGAGGAGAAUUAUCUGAAUUGUACCUUUUGGUCCUCUCUGCUUGAAGUCCAGUCGAUCCACUUUUUUCCUUGUUUGUAAUUGUAUUAUGUAUACCCUUGUUAUUCUUUAGCAUUAUUUACUUGAUGCAGCCCGGCUGUAUGGGCAUGAGGAAUCGUUUGGUAUUAAUCCUGUCAGACAUUGGUCCGUA